CGAGGCGGAAGUCCUCGCGUUGCCAUGGCAACCGCCGGUCGCGGCCUAGCGGUGCCCGGGAGCCUGCCGCCGCCCGGGGCCGCCUCCCCCUGAGCCUCGGUGCCGCCCGGAGGCCCGGGGCGCGGAGCCGCUGCGGGUGCCGGCUGCCGGCCAGAGAUACUGCGCGAAUCACAGUUUGGCUGCUGUGUCCUUUUUCGGAUCACUAUGAAGGCCUUGUACUGUCAGCAGAAUUCACCUGGGGAGGAAGUGACCUUUGUCUUCCAGGAAAGAGAAAACCUUCAUCCUACAAGAGACAAUGAUGUGAAAGUACAAGUUAGAGCCUGUGCACUGAGCUGGAUAGAUACAAAGCUACUGUCAGAAAUGAAAAUGGAGAAGGAGCUUUUACCUGUUGGUCGAGAAAUUUCUGGAAUUGUAUUGGAAGUUGGAAGAAAGGUGUCCUUUUUUCAGCCGGAUGAUGAGGUAGUAGGAAUUUUGCCCCUGGAUUCUGAAGAGUCUGGUCUUUGUGAAGUUGUUCUAGUUCAUGAGCAUUAUUUGGUUCAUAAACCAGAAAAAGUUUGCUGGGUUGAAGCAGCAGGGACUGUUCGUGACGGCGUCCGAGCAUACACAGCUUUACACUACCUUUCCCAAGUCUCUCCUGGAAAAAGUGUCCUUGUAAUGGAUGGAGCAAGUCCAUUUGGUACAAUAACUAUUCAGUUAGCACAACAUAGAGGAGCUAAAGUAAUAUCUACUGCCUACAGUCUUGAAGAUAAGCAGUUCCUGGAGAGGCUUAGACCUGCUGUGGCCCGAGUGAUAGAUGUGUCGAACGGGAAGAUAGAUGUGGCAGAAAGCUGCUUGGAAGAAACAGGUGGCCUGGGAGUGGAUAUUGUAGUAGAUGCUGGAGUGAAAUUAUAUAGUGCUGAAGAUGAAUCGACUUCAAAAUCACAGUUGCUGCCUCAUAAGCAUGAUAUCAUCACUCUUCUUGGUGUUGGGGGACACUGGAUAACAACAGAAAGAAAUCUUCAGCUGGAUCCUCCAGAUAGCCACUCCUUGUUUCUUAAAGGAGCCACCGUCUCCUUUCUGAACGAUGAGAUAUGGAACUUGUCCAAUAUACAGCAAGGGAAGUAUCUCUGCAUUUUAGAAGACAUAAUGGAGAAAUUAUCAAGUAGCGUUUUCAGGCCUCAACUGGAUGAACCGAUCCCAUUGUAUGAAGCCAAAGUUUCUAUGGAAAUAGUUCAGAAGAAUCAAGCAAGAAAAAGACAAGUCGUUCAGUUCUGACACAAUUUCCCAAUUUCUAAGCCUGUGGAAGAUAAAGAAACAUAAUAUAUUUAAGAAGUAAAUGAGUGUACACUUUCAAAUAAUUCUGUAACCAGAAUUUAAAGAUCUUUUGUACCUCUGCACAAAUGGUCUGUGAAGUUCCUGAGACUUCAGAGGGUUUUUUUGGCAUCCAGUUAAGCAAAAUGUUUCCAUCAGCAACUUCUAGAGACAGUCUUGACACACAAAUCUUGACUGCCCUGCUUGCUUUACAAAUGUCAGUAACAGCUAUGUGCAACCUCAUUUGUUGUUUUUCAACCAUAAGAAAUUAAACUGGAAAAAAAUG